UCACACUGCAAAACGCUUCACAAUAAGCGUCCCGCGUUUCUCUCUCUCCCCCCCCCGCUUCUCCCCCGCUACGUGUUUUAACGUGACGCCCUGCCGUUAGCCGUAAUGGCUAAACGUCAGCGGUUUGGAGCUCAACGGAAAAGAAGCGGUCCUCUGCCCGCGGGAGGGGGGUGAUAAGACACCUAACUUUGGUGUGGGGGGGUUAUUUUAUCCGCUACUGAACUGGUGAAACUGGCCCGAGUGUAACUGGGAAUGGCCCGCUAAGCCAGUCCGGUAGCAUCGGCUUGAAAAUGACGCAAAACGGCGUUUCUCCUUUAGUUGGGUGACCGUUACGUUCAGCUGGAGAAAUGUGACAGCGAUAAUAAUAAUAAUAAUAAUAAUAAUAAAAAGUGUUACUGCAGCGUCUAUUUGCACAAAUAACUAAACGUUAGCAGACACAGCAGGUCUUCUGGGUAAUUUAGAUCCUCUGCAAAAGAAAAAGUAAGAAUGACUUAAUGCUAAAGUUGUUAUUGCUCGGCUUAGUUUAUGUUGAAACCAGUAGCUCAACGUAAAUAAAUGAUGGGUUAUAAUUAUUAAUACUAAUUAAUUCUUCAUUUUUGGACGCUUCGACUGUUGCAAAGCGGGUUGCUAUUGUUAUCUUGCAGGCUGAAAAACAUCAACAUUAAAGUGACAUCUUUCUCAAUAAAAAUUGUUUUAUUGUUGUUUUUCAUCCUCAGCGAAGACAGAAAAACGUUUUAUUUUGACUUUGCACAUGUAAAAGUUUAUUUAACUUUGUUAUCUUAAUGCUAAUGCGAUCUAACCAACAUUCUUGGUGCUGAAAUCCAGUUUGUUGUGCUCCAACUUUGUUUCUAUUUUAAAUACGUUUAUCCAUUUAUUACAUUUUUUUUCAGAUGACCAAACUCCUGGAUCGCUGUUGUAAGAAAGCAGCCCCCCCCUGUAAUCUACCCUGAGUGCGAUGGCGACCUGCGAAGAGGUCACCGUGUCCAUGUCGGAGGUGGAGAUGGUGAAGGCCGAGGGCGAAGGAGACCCCGACGACCCGAAUAAGACUCAGGUCAUCCUCCAGCUCCAGCCGAUCGCCACCGGGGAGGAAUCGGCUGAAACCGACGCAGCCGUCAUAACCGUUGAAGCGAACGCGGAACAAGCCGACAGAGAGAACGUGGAGAUCGGCUGUCCCAUAACAUGCGGCGACUGCAAGGCUCUGUUGCUCGUGAAGAAAUUCGUGUGCCCGGGAAUCAACGUGAAAUGCGUGAAGUAUGAAGACCAGCUGAUCAGCCCGAAGCAGUUUGUGCACAUUUCUGGAAAAGCCACUCUGAAAGACUGGAAGAGAGCCAUCAGGAUGGGUGGGGUCAUGCUAAGAAAGAUGAUGGAUUCGGGUCAGCUGGACUUCUACCAGCACAGCACGCUGUGCACCAACACGUGUCGCAGCACCAAGUUUGACCUCUUGAUCAACAACACGCGCUUUCCUCCCGACGGCUCUGGACUCACCACGCCCACGUCCUCUCAAGCCCAGGUUGUCCUGGGUAAUGGCGGGACAGUGAGCGACGACAGAGCGGAGGUUCUGAGAGGGAAGAUGGACUGGAUCUCAAGCUCGCUGGAGGCCGCUGAGAAGAAGGAAUCCAAUGAGAUCUCAGACACGCUGAACUUCUGGAAAGGCAUCCCCGACGUGGGUCUGCUUGGGGAAGUGGUGACCAACAUCAGCGCCGAACUGGUGGAGCUGCUGAACGGCGUGCAGCAGCGCAAAGAAACCGCUGCCCUGCAGGACACAGAGGUGGCGGUGCUCAGUAACCUCGCCCAAGUGUUCGGCCUGCUCGACUCCGUCAAGAAGACGCUGGAGAGCCGCCGGGAGCAGACGGACCCCGGCCAGGAGCAAGUCCUCAGCACGCUCGCCAACCUGGAGGUGCAGUUGGAAGACCAGAGGAAGCAGCAGCAGGUGCGAGCUCUCCUCUCCUGCCCGCAGCCGGCCAAAAGCAAAACCCCCGCCAAGCGCCCGACCAAGCGGCCUCGUCUCCAGAGGCCCGCCUCCACCGCCACCCUGCUGACGUCGCCCAUCGGCCAGCAGGCGUCCAUGCAGCCGCAGCAGUUCACCGUUCUCUCCCCCAUCUCGCUGUCCUCGGUGGGUCAGCCCUUCACCAUGGCGGGCCUGCCCAUGGCCUCCCUGGGGCAGUCGUCCAACACCGUCACCCUGCUCCCCGCCGGCUCGCAGCUCUUCACCCGCUACAUGCUCACCGGAGACGGCAAGGGGGACACCAUCACCCUGCACCCGUCCUCGGGCCUCACGCUGGUGGGCACCGCCAACAUGCAGGACUCGGGCCAGUUGGGCACGGUGGUGAGCCCCCUGGAGCUGCUGCAGCUGAGCCAGCAGGCCGGCGGGGCGGAGAUGGUGCCCUUGGAAGGCCAGGUGGUGGACGGCGGCAUGCUGGUGCAGCAGCAGCAGCAGCAGGAGGUGGUGGUGCACAGCGAGGUGGAGGCCGGCCACGAGCACACGGUCAUCGAGAUCAACCCGGCGCCGAUGGAGCAGGCGGUGGGAGUGAUGGAGCUGCAGCUGACGGGGGGGGCGGGCGAGGACGGGGCACAGAGCGCGAUGGAGGUGACGAUGGCCGCGGAGGGGGAGGAGACGCAGUGCCAAAUGCAGGAGGUGCAGACUGGGGGGGUUGAGGGGCUGCAGCUGGACGCUAGCGGACAGCUGUCUAGUGUGCAGAUAGUGGUGAUCGACGAAAACACUCAGGAAGAAAACAAGGUGCAAUGAGACGCGCCUCCGAUUUUAUCCAGAAGAGCGGCGGCGGACUCGUGCUGAGCCGUCACAGACUUGUGAAUCUGUAAAUAUGCAGAGUCUCCAACGUCCACAGUUUGCCUUGGCCUAAGACCAAGCUCUAGAGGUAGCCAUUGUUUCUUUUUUCCCUUUGGUUUGUGUGUACGUGCUCCUCACAACUCGUAGUUGUUUUUAUCUAAACAAAGAGGCACCACAGCGAAGAACACACCGUAUGUAUCGGUCGGAUAUGAAUUAUGAAAUGAAGUAUGUUUUGGGUUUCUGUCACCGAGUGCGAUUUGGGGGGGAAUGUGUCAACAUUUCAAAACCGAAGUGAGCUGGACGAGAAUCCGACUCUUCAGCCUCGUACUACUUAUCCCUCUCUGCCAACUGCCCAACAUAAAAUAAACACGCAAAACACAAUCAUUGAGAGCUUAAAGAGCGGCGGAGUUUUCUCGUGUCUCACAUGUUGUCAACUUGGGAAAAGAAAGCCCCGUAACUAUACGUAGAAGUUACUCAGCCUGAACUGUUUCCAUGUUUACAACCUGUCUGAUGUAAGUGUAACUUCAUUUAAGAGUCCACCAAACCCAACGGAUACUAUGACCAAACCCACCACAAACAUCCCAGUGUUAGUUAAUUGGAAUCAUCCUUCAAGCCUCCGUGAACAGCCUGAAGACGAGAGCAGGCAGCUGUGAAGUCCACAUAGAGAGCUUCAUGGAUUGCCGGUUUUCCUGUUGAUCGGACUCUUUACCAGUAACAGUGUUUGCUGUCACUCCAGGACGAAUUGCACUGUUGUGUCAGAACGUCACAUUCAAGCUGUUUUUUUUUUUUUUUUGCACCGUGCGACGUCCUUUUAGGGCGUUUGUUCCAAACGAGGCCCGAUUUCUCCGCAGCUCUGGAGAAUUUGGCCGCACUGUGUGGCAGGUUUUUUUUUUUUUUUUAUAGGUUAAAUGACAGACUGAACUCCUCUCACUGGAAUUGCAUCGCUAUAUAUGCACUUAUUCUCUCUGUGGUUUUGUUCUCCCCGAUUUCAUUCACACGCUCCAUGUGUGGAUUAUUUUCAUUUUGGGCUUUUUCUCAGUUGUGUGAGCUACUGGUCUGAUUGUUUGAGUCAUCAUAAAAAAUAUAUAUAUAUAUAAAUAUAUAUAUAUAUAUAUACACACACACUUAGUAUGCCUGUAUUUUUCACUUGUAAAGUAGUGUAUUUAUUAGUUUCCGAACUGAAGAUGUGAGCUUCUCUUUUUAAGGCGCAAACAGGGAUUCAUUUAUCCUCACACCAACAAAAACCUAUUCGAGACUCGGGCACUUCCCAUAAUUUAAUUUAACAGAUGAGGCUAUUUACAUACUGACUUUGUAAUGUGUUUUAAUAUCCGAUUAAAACAGAAGGAAAAAAAAAAACA